AUGGGCAACCAGUCCUCCAAAGAAGGAGGUGGUUCCUCCGCAGCCAAGGGCUCCGGCCCAGACGGCCUGCAGACGUAUCCUUCCAUGAGCAGGUCUGAUACCAAAGAGUCAUCUCGGUCAUUUCGCUCUCUAAGGUCCAAGAUCCCCGGAGGCGGCAGCGGCAGCGGCAGCAAAUCCGCCAAUGCUGACAGUCCCAGAAAUUCGACAUUAAUGCCCAACAGCGAACCCAACCCCGACAAGACGCUCGACGCUGCCUCUGUCCGCUCAGGCCGCAGUGGUCGAUCGAACGGUUCCAGAAACAGCCGCAGUGAGAUGCCGCACUUGCGACAAACCUCUGCAGAUCUAUCGUCAACCGACCUGGGCCUUGCCGAAGAUCAGCCACCCCCUUCUCCAGUUCUGGCCAGCCACAAGGGGUCUGCUCACGACGUGGCUGCCGCCCAAGCAUCCGGCGAGGUCGAUCACGUCUCCGACCAGCCCCCGAUGGCCUCCAACGCGAGCGCAACCGCUCAUAUGCAAUCUCCGGGCACGCCAAUCCUCGUCAAGCGUGACGCCACAAUCACCGUGUCGAGUUUACCAUCCAUGGACUCUACCACAAAGGUGGAUUCCAGUAGCAACAUGGGCCUGUCGGAAAUCAAAGACAUGGAUCUUGAUGAUUAUAUCAAAAGGUUGCUGGACGCUGGGUAUGCCGGCAAGGUCACCAAAAGUGUCUGUCUCAAGAAUGCCGAGAUUGUUGCCAUCUGUCAACGUGCCCGGGAGGUUCUCCUCUCACAGCCAGCCCUGCUUGAACUAGACGCGCCAGUCAAGAUUGUUGGGGACGUUCAUGGCCAGUAUACGGAUCUGAUUCGCAUGUUUGAGAUGUGCGGCUUCCCGCCCAUGGCCAACUAUCUCUUUCUCGGAGACUAUGUAGAUCGUGGCAAGCAGUCUCUCGAGACGAUUCUGCUCCUUCUAUGCUACAAGCUCAAGUUUCCCGAGAAUUUCUUCCUGCUUCGUGGCAAUCACGAGUGUGCCAAUGUAACCAGAGUGUACGGUUUCUAUGAUGAAUGCAAACGACGGUGCAAUGUCAAGAUUUGGAAGACGUUCAUCGAUUGCUUCAACACGUUACCCAUUGCCGCCAUUGUAGCAGGUAAAAUAUUUUGCGUCCACGGAGGUCUUUCGCCUGCCCUCAGCCACAUGGACGACAUUCGAAACAUUGCACGACCAACCGACGUUCCUGACUUUGGGUUGCUAAACGAUUUGCUCUGGGCCGACCCAGCGGAUAUGGAACAAGACUGGGAAGCCAACGAACGAGGCGUCAGUUAUUGCUUCGGUAAACGUGUCAUUACCGACUUCCUCGCCGUGCACGACUUUGACCUCAUAUGCCGAGCGCACAUGGUUGUUGAAGAUGGAUACGAGUUCUUUAAUGACAGGGUCCUGGUAACGGUGUUCAGUGCGCCCAAUUAUUGUGGUGAGUUUGACAACUGGGGAGCAGUCAUGUCAGUCUCUUCCGAGCUACUCUGCAGCUUUGAGCUGUUGAAGCCACUGGAUUCAAGUGCCCUCAAGAGUCAUAUUAAAAAGGGGCGAAACAAGCGACAGCAGAUGCUCAAUAGUCCUAGUGUGCCUUAG